GCUCUUAUCCAAAACCUCAACCAUUUUAAUCCCAAAAUUUUCGACCAACCUCAAAACCCUAGCCCAAAAUUUCUCCAAAUCUCUCAUGAAUUCUCUCCAAAACCCUCAAUUUCUUGGAAUCCUAAACAUUUCUCCUCCUCCCAAGCUCCCAAAUCCCAGAAAGUCCUUCCCUUUCGUUAAUCCAAUCUCUGGCCGUCUCACAGAUCCUUCAAGUUCCCAUAUCUCUCUCAAAACCUUCAUCUUUCCUUUCCUUUCCACCCCUCUUCCUUCAUUUGCAGCUGAAGUGGAUGAAUCCAGUGGGAAGAUCAACAUAGAGUCCAUUCUCAUCUCCAUUGAUGAUUUCUUCAAUAGGUAUCCAUUCUUUGUUGCUGGAGUUACUUUCAUUUGGCUUGUUGCUAUACCUUUGUUUCAAGAGUAUGUCCUGAGGAAAUGCAAGCCCAUUAUGGCCAUUGAUGCAUAUCGAAAAUUCCGAGACUUGCCGAAUUCUCAGUUGCUGGAUAUCAGAAAAAAGAAGAGCUUUAUGUUUAUGGAUUCCCCAAAUUUGAGUAUUUUCAGUAAGAAUACAGUUUGGAUGGAGUUUGAUGAAGAGAAUGAGGAUUUGUUUGUCAAAGAAGUAUUAAAGAUAUUCGAAGAUCCUGGGAACACUGUUCUCUGUGUUCUUGACAACUUUGAUGGUAAUUCUCUUAAGGUAGCCGAAUUACUAUUCAAGAAUGGCUUUAAAGAAGCAUAUGCAAUUGAAGGUGGCCUCCGGGGCAAGGAUGGAUGGGAGGAGAUUCAAGAGGACCUCCUUCCACCGUCUGUGCGUGUUUAUCCGAGAAAGAAGAAGAAGAGCAAGAAGUUGAGCCAAUCCAAUCUUAAUAGUCUAGUGAAAGACGAGAAAGCCAGUGACAAUGAUCAAGCACUGAGCAACAAUACUGAAAAUGGAUAUGUUAGUACCAUGAAUGAAGUUCCUCCACAAGAAACAUCUGUUCAACAAAGGCCAUUGUCGCCGUACCCGAAUUAUUCCGACUUGAAGCCGCCUUCUUCUCCAACUCCGUCAAAGCCUCAGACUUGAAAGCUAGAUAGAAGCCGAUGAGAGUGACCUCAUGAUGUCGUUUUUCGACAUUCUACAUUUAAUCAUCACUGAUUAUCUUUUUCUUCUUUUGUGUAGAUUUGUUGAAAUUUUUGUUGUGAAUUCAGAAGAGCAUUCAUGUCUUAGUUUUACUCCAAUCCUUGGUAAGUUGUAUGUCUCUAUGUAAUAUGAUGUUUUACAUAGUUACCUAUAUACCCUUGAGUUAAAUUAUAGCAUCAAAAUAAGGGACUUAGGAAUUAUUUGUAA